AAUAGUUUACCUGGAAGAAACUGCUAAAUAACAUUUAGGACUACCCUGCUUUGCUUCUACUGUUUAUUUUUUUCAGCUGCAAAAUAGUGACAGAAAUAUGAAGAUUUCAGAUAGGCCUGGUGACAUGGUCCGUCUCUCUGUUUUACAACAUCUUCGUGUGGUUCAUGGGAUAAAGCUGAAAAACUGUCAAAGAGGGAAAGAGAGAAGUUUUACAGGUGGUACAAAAGUGUUUGGAGUUCCACUGGGGAGUUUGCAGUUGUGCUACGUACCAGUGUAUGGGCUGGUACCUUGCUUUCUAGUGUAUGCCUGUGAGCAUCUACUGGGGUAUGCUGGGACUGAUGGUCUUUUCAGAAAAUCCGGCUCUGUUGUUCGUCUGAGGACCCUCAGGGCUAAACUAGACCACGGGGAGGCCUGUCUGUCCACAGCCCUCCCCUGUGACGUGGCCAGCCUUUUGAAGCUGUUCUGCCGUGAGCUUCCAGACCCUCUAUUCCCCUCAGACCUCCACUCAGCCCUGCUGAAGGCCCAGCUACUGCCUACCGUGGAGGAGAGGGCCUCAGCCACCCAGCUGCUGUCCUGCCUACUGCCUGACAGGAACUCUGCCUUCCUCAGAUACUUCUUCCACUUCCUCUCAAAGGUCUCCCACAGGUGUGCAGAGAACAGGAUGACCAAUAGUAACCUGGCUGUGAUCUUUGCCCCGAGCCUGCUUCCUCCCAGCCACAGAAAAGAGGGGAUGGACACGUGCAUGAAAUUCAAGGCCGUGGUCCGUACCUUCAUAGAGAAUGACCAUUCAUUCGGUGUGGUUCCUCAGGUGGUCGUGGAGGGCAGCCCAGGUCAUGCUGAGAUGUCUCCCUGCAGGAAGAAACGGACCCUCAGAAAGAGUCUGGGUUUGGAGGCCUUCCCAGAUAUUCAGCUUUUCAGGAGCAACACCUUUUGCUCCGGGCAACCAGGCACAAGUCUUUCAGCCCUGUUGGCCAGGUCUCCCUCCGUCCCAGUGAGGACAGAGAGCUGCAGAGUACAGAACAAAACAUUCAAAAGAAUGGAUUCGGGAAACGUUGGGUGUUUUUCGACCAAAAGGCUGAAGGGAGGUGACAGUGUCCCCAGGUAUCAUGGUCUGUCUGGUCUGGGAAAGCUGAACCUAACCACCUGGAAGAGCAGGAGACGCACCACUCUAUAUCCAACAUGUCUACCGACCGCAUCCUCGGUCAGCAUCACUAGCUCUUCUUCGCGUCCAGGAUACACGUUUGCCACGAGCCUGAGAGAAAACAUAGCAGUUUUAAAGCCGACACCAGAGAUGGGUUCGGCGAUGAGGUUGAGUAGAACAGUGCUGCUGAUCAUUCUGGUAUGUAUAGCGGGGUUGGCAUCGGCCCGGAGCCCCCGCACAGCAGACCAGGUAUCUGAGGCCGACAUUCAGCGUCUCCUACACGGAGUCAUGGAGCAGCUGGGUAUCGCUCGGCCCAGGGUCGAGUACCCCGCUCACCAGGCCACCAACAUCGUGGGGCCACAGAGCAUCCAAGGUGGCGCCCACGAGGGACUGCAGCACCUGGGUCCCUAUGGAAACAUCCCCAACAUAGUAGCUGAGCUGACAGGGGACAACAUCCCUAAAGACUUCAGUGAGGACCAUGGAUACCCCGACCCUCCUAACCCCUGUCCACUGGGAAAGACAGCUACAGAUGGGUGUCUGGAGAACGCCCCGGACACAGCAGAGUUCAGCAGAGAGUUCCAGAAACAUCAGCACCUGUUCGACCCCGAGCACGACUACCCUGCUCUGGCCAAGUGGAACAAGGAGCUGUUGUACCAGAAACUGAAGGGAGGACCCAAAAGAAGAAAAAGGAGUGUCAAUAACCCCUACCUGAUGGGUCAGAGGCUGGACAACGUUGUGGCCAAGAAGUCUGUUCCCCACUACCCAGAAGAGGAUGAAGACUAUCGCACCACCACUGCAACAGAAAUCACCACCUAAUCACAAACACUGCUGUUCUAUCAUUACUGGCCCGCCAUGUUCACUUCACAUUAUCUAAAACUAAAGUAGAUUUAAGCAAUAAGGCCCGAGGGGGUGUGGUAUAUGGCCAAUAUACCACGGCUAAGGGCUGUUCUUAAGCACGAUG